AUGGGUGAGAUCGACUUCGACAUUGUGUUCGCUGCACCUGACCCGACCUUCACCGAAGCUGUUGGUGUCACUGCACAGUCUAUCACCAUCAACACCGAGGCUCUCAUCGCUUCGGCUACAGCUGCUAUCUCCUCCGUAGCUGUCGACAUCAACGAUGUCCUUUCAGCCACUGCUGUUGUGCAGGCCAAAAGAGCUGCUGCAACCUGUGUUAAGCAGGCACCUAGGGCGACUUCUGUCCCGGAUUUCUCUGGAGAUACCGCUGCUCAAUUCCUCGCGGAACCCUACUUCGCUUCUGUUGCUUCAGCCAACGCAGCUGCUCCUACUGGCUACACUUAA